CACUGUCGAAACAUUGUUCGCACCGUUCAUGGCUGCAGGGUCUAUUUGCUCUACCCUUACAAGCUUUAUCCUUCCAAGCAUUCUUCACAAGACACUAAGACAGGAGUCAGUAUUCUUCUAGCCAAAGAUGGGUGGUGGGCUUACGGGAGACUUGUUCAUAGCGUUUGGUGGUGGUUUGUGACACAGCCAAUAUCUUUCUGUACUAUCUCGUUCGUACUUUGGUCUCAAUGUCUCAGGCAUUUUGUUGUUAAUGUAUGAAAUUUUGGUCUUGAUGAAGAUGUCGUUUGAUGGUUGGUAGUUCAUUCGAUUUGGAGAGGAGAGGAGCAACUGCUUUCUAAUAUAGACUUUGGGAUAUCGCAUCCAGUCAUAACAGAAACUGAUUCUAUCUCAUGGCUAGUCACCAAGUAGCUCUUCUUGAGAAGUUCCAUGACUGUUGCGAACAAUGCUACGAGUGGAUCACAUGAUCGUCAAAGUCUUGUUCGCCAGAAGUUCGGAUUCGAGUUUAGCUCAACAAGGUCAAGAUCUCUUAGAAUAUACCACAAAGUAUUCGCACAGUUAUUUUCCCAGCAGUUGCGCUCUCCAUUGCGUCUUUCGAUAUCAACCAGGUUGUCCACAAAGAACCAAGCAGCAACCAUGUCCGACAGCAGCUCAUCAACAGCAACUCAAGAAUCCUCAGCGCCAAAAUGGCUCACUCGUUCCAAUUCAUCUAUGAUGAAUCUUCUCAACAACUACUUCGAGGACAAAGAGCAACCAAGACCAUCAAAUCUAUAUCGUUUCUACUGGCUCUGCUGUCAUCAUCCAAAAAGCACCCUUCUAUCUUCUCCUUCGAAAAUUCAAUGCUUGCUCAGAAACCAUUUGAUGGAUUCUCAAUGCGGAAGGUGCGCACAUAAAAUCUGCCCAUCGUGCAAGAGGAUUGCGCAGCAGGAAAGUGCGGAUAUGGGAGUUGGUGAGCAGGAUUUGGCCGAAGUGCUUGAGACUGCGGAUGCUAGGUCAUCUAGUUGACGCAAGUCACUUCUGUCUUCGGUGAUCCAGUUCUUUGGUCUACGGGCUUGACUUCAUUGCAAUUCUUUGCCGAUGGUUAUCAUUUCGCUUAUGACACCGCC